AUGGGACUCAUUCGAACAAUAGCAUUGGUGGUCUUGACCAUUUCGUUUAUUGUCUUUAUCGCACUUUUUGGAAGAUUACCAGUUUUCAGACGAACACAAAUCUCAUUUCUACACCAAUUACUAUGGAGGCACAUACCGAAUGGAUUCAUUGCGGUGGACGAAAGACUCACGGGACGUCGUGUAUCGCGCAGUCUUUCUCGGACGGGGAAUUAUUUGAUGAAUGAGAAACAUCCUCUCGUAUUGCUCUUCUUCCUCGGUCUACAAGUCAUAGGCGAGGUGUUGUUUGUCCCAGCAGCAUGGGAUCGACUAUCUGCAUCACAAAAGUUCAUUAUACCGUGUCUGAUCUCCGGGCCGAUGGCGUUUCUGUACCUCUCCGCCGCGACGAGUUCGAACAUCACGACGCAGAACCAUGGGACCUGUAUGCGUGCCUACCCUUAUGACUUUGCCUUGUUUCACCCGGGCUAUUUCUGCAGCACGUGUCGGUUCGCGAAACCGGCGAGGAGCAAGCACUGCCCGAUCUGCAAGGCCUGCGUGCAGAGGCAGGACCACCAUUGCAUCUGGAUCAACAACUGCGUGGGACGCAACAACUACCUGUGGUUCAACUUGUUGAUCGUCGCGACGGCGGCGUUGCUCGCGUACGGUGCUCGGUUGGGCUACGUCUUGUUGGACGCGAGGCUGCAGGAGAGGCUGGUCCCCUCCGCGCUGACCAGGGGCAGCGUGAGUUCGAAGAGGUGGAGCACCGGCCUGAGCUGGGCCGAGUACUGGCACUGUUGGGCCUGGGCGAUCAGUGUCGAGUGGAGGGUGGGGAGUGUGAUGAUGCUCACCAUGUUGAGUUUCCCGCUCGCCACGGGGUUUCUGGUCUAUCACGCCUACUUGGUCUGGGCGGGCAUGACCACGAACGAAAGCGCCAAGUGGAGUGAUUGGAGGGAGGAUAUACGUGACGAUCUGGUGUAUAGGGCCCGAAUAUCCCAGCUGAGGGAGACGUAUCCCAAGUUGCCCGAUGAUGUCGAGCCGAGAGACGAGGAUAUCAGGCGCCCCUGGCCCAGGGGUGCGAGGGCCAAGUGGUGGCUCGUCAGGAUGGUCGAUGGUAGACAACCUACGCUGAGAAAGAAGGGAGAAAAUGGGAAGGAGGGUGUUGGCGAAGGAGCAGGAAACGAGGGAAAUGAGGAGGUCCCUGACGAGAGAUGGGCCAAGGUCCAUAGUCUGCGUGAGGUGGAUAAUGUGUAUGAUUUGGGGUUCUGGGCUAAUUUGAAAGACAGCAUGUUGAAUCGUGGUUGAAACAUGUAGGAGCGGAUAUAGCUGGUACAUGGCAUAUAACUAGAGACUAG